AUGCCGAGCAAGAUCGCAGGGACGCUGGUCGCACUGCUAGUGAGCAGCCUGGCUGCGCAUGGAUUCAGGUCAACAGGCUCUAAUCCAACUCUUACUGCUGAUGCAGUUGUGCCUGACCGUGAGCACUCGCUAUUUUCACCCUACGUUGACUCUACCUUGCAAAACAAGUUUUGGGACUACGGCGGCGAUGCGAUCGUUGACACCAAUCGCUACGUCAUUCUCACACAGGACAGGCACAAUGAAUCUGGGUGGCUUUGGUCGCGUCUUCCCAUUGAUAUGUCAGACUUUGAGAUCACGGUUGAGUUUACCGUCAAGGGCCAGAGCGUAUCCACCGGUGGGGACGGAUUCGCGAUGUGGCUCACCAAAGAGCGCAUGCAGGGUGGUCCUAUAUUUGGAAACAGAAAUCGCUGGAAUGGUCUUGGUAUUAUCUUUGAUACUUUUCCCAAUGCACCUCACCGCGGCUUUUUCCCACAGAUCAGCGUGGUGAAGAACAAUGGACAGCUGGACUAUAAUCUCGGCAAGGAUGGAGAAGACCAGGACAUCGCCCAUUGUAAUAUGCAGUUGCGCCGUACGCCCACGGAUACGCGUCUCCGUUUCACUUACAUCAAGGACGUAUACAUGGAGUUGGCGUUGCAGACCCACGAAUGGAAUAAGUGGGCUUCGUGUUUCCGCAUCUCUCCAUACGAAUUUACAGGGCAGCCUUACCUCGGUUUUUCUGCAAGUACAGGCGACGUAUCAGAUCUCCAUGCCAUUGGCUCUGUAUGGACAAACAAACUCGUGUACCACUCGCGUACACCUGCCGAUCUCGAAAAUGAGCGUUUGCAAGCUUUUUCUGAAAGUUCUGGCACUGGUUGGUGGAACAAGAAGCAAGAUGAAGCAAAGAAUAUGGAGUCAGCCACCGUAUUCCAGUUGCUUAAGAGGUUGGUCCUCUUCUUCGUUUGGGUGAUAAAGUGGCUCGUUAUUCUGGCCGUCCUUGGCGCUGCUGGUUAUUUCGGCAACAAGUACUAUCAGCAAAAGAAGGUCCCAAGCACCUAUAAAAACCGGCGUAUGAUGGCAUAG